CAACUGCGCCAGCACUUCUUAGUUAGAAAACGGUCGUAGCUACCUAUGAAUUUUGUAGCAGAAAGCGAUGAGCAACUAAUCAUAGUGACAGGCCCCAACAAUGAGGCCUUGGCAGCCUUUCGGUCGACGUUGACAGAUGUGGCUCCGGACACUAAAAACAGGAUAAAAGUACUUCUAAACAAUCAGCUGCUUACAGCAGACGUAGACUUUAGCAAACGUCACGUCAAGUGCUUUCUGGUGAUGCCACGUGCAAGCCGCACCCUCGUCUACAUCAAGGGUGAUGACGCUAGCAUGUCUACGGAACUCAAACACAUCUGCCGCGAUGAAAAUAAUCAAUGGAGCAUCGAACGAGUCUUAGUUGUAUUGUAUCGAAACAACGACAUUGAAGACAGACAAGAUUUGUACGAUCACCUAGAGAUCGACUCAUUUUGGAAGGAUGGACCCCAAAAAGAACUCGAGGAGUUCGCAAACGUGGACCAUCUGAUCAGCUUCAAGACAAAACUAAACAAAAGACAGAAAGAUGUUCUUUGCCAGUUUUUACAAAUAGAAUCAUCUUUUUGUCAACCACAAUCUGAAAAACAACUACAGGAGUCUACUCUGUAUACUGCAGAUGAAGAACCAAAACAUACAGAGAUCAAUAGCGAUGUUCCUACUGUCAAAGUUGACUCUUCUGUAUUACCUUUAUCGGAAAAAAAGGAUGCUAAGCUUAUUACAGUAGCCGAAGCCAAACCACAAGAGAUGAGUAAAACUGAUGCUGCAGAAGAACAGAAGAGCAAUUUACAGCCACAACUGGAGCAAAUAAAAGAAGAAAUUGACGCUUUAAAGCAACAGAGACAACUUCAACCUCAAAUUGAUGAUAUUACAGAGCAUAUUAGGGCUCUGUUUGAAUCUUAUGAUGGAGCAAAGAAUGACAUUUCGUCUAUAUUUCAGCAACUACAUGAAAUAAUAGCAGCUCUACAGCAGUCAAUUCAGAGGCAACAGGAAUCAGAAGUCACGCAUCAGGAACCAAAAGUCAGGCGGCGGAUGUUAGGGCAACAAGAACCAAUAGUCAGGCAACCGGAACCGGUCAGGCAACCGGAACCGGUCAGGCAACAGGAAUCAAAUAAAACUAUUUCAACCGCUGAUCUUACAGAUUCAAGUUCAGAGGAUCAAAAUGAUAAUGUACGUCGUUGCUGUUGCUGUGUAUGCUCGUAACUAUAAAUUCGAACCUUUAGUUUUCAAUUUCUAUUGCUUUGAUUAUCAGUGUUGUCAAUUGCAAGAUGUCGCUUUGAU